UUUUGACUUGGUCAUUUGAAAACAUUUAGUUAAGCAGAUUUAGAUCAUAUAUAAACAUAACACCAGCAUACAGUGAAGAUCAAGAGCUAUUUGGAAAGUAAAAAUAGCCUGCAUUUGACAUGUAUUGGACAUUCAAAGCUAGGCCGUGAGCUGAUUGGUGCUGUUGGAAACGUUACAUGUCCUGCCAUCAACAACUGUGUGGUAAAACAAGCCCCGGGCCAUUGUCCCGUCGCUUGGUGGAUCGAUCCUCGCAAUCUAUGAAUCCUGCUUGCAAACAGAUUGGCGAUACACUCACUGUAGCGAUUCUCAGAGAUGGGUCGCCUAUCUCGUCAAUGGGUGGAAACAAAACGUACAUUCUACCAAAUAUUCAGGUAUUUCUGAAGCAAGUGGAACACACAACCUCGUUGACAUCAUAAGGAUAUGUGACUCAGAAGAUGGGGGAUUGGAACUUGUUGGGGAGUAUCUUAGAAGAGGUACAUAUUCAUUCAACCAUCGUGGGUAAAAUCUGGCUAACCAUCCUUUUUAUAUUCCGGAUGCUCGUUCUUGGUGUGGCAGCAGAGGAUGUUUGGGACGAUGAGCAGAGUGAGUUUGUGUGCAACACGGACCAGCCUGGGUGUAAGAACGUGUGCUACGAUGAUGCAUUCCCCAUUUCUCUUAUCCGAUACUGGGUGUUACAAAUCAUUUUCGUGUCCUCUCCCUCUCUGGUGUACAUGGGACAUGCACUGUACCGUUUGAGGGCCCUUGAAAAAGAGAGACACAAGAAAAAAGCCUUCCUGAAAGCGGAGCUAGAGGGCGCUGAGCCCGUUCACGAGGACAGACAGAGGAUAGAGAGGGAGCUGAGGAAGCUGGAGGAACAGAAGAGAGUAAGGAAAGCUCCACUCAGGGGCUCCUUGCUGCGCACAUAUGUUUUCCAUAUCUUGACGAGGUCAGUGGUGGAAGUUGGCUUCAUAGUGGGACAAUAUGUGCUGUACGGAGUUGGAUUGGAUCCUUUGUACAAAUGUGAGAGAUUGCCUUGCCCGAACAGUGUGGAUUGCUUUGUGUCCAGACCAACUGAGAAGAACAUUUUCAUGAUCUUCAUGCUCGUCAUCGCUGGGGUUUCUUUGUUCUUGAAUCUCCUCGAGAUAUUCCACCUGGGAGUGAAAAAAGUCAAGCAAAGUCUGUAUGGAAAUAAAGGUGCAGAUGACGAAAGCUUGUUAGUGUUCAGGUCCAAGAAAAACUCCAUGGUCCAGCAGGUGUGUGUCCUCACAAACUCAUCACCCCAAAAGAUGAUGCGACUCACUCAGACGGCCUACACAAUGGUCCCUAACAGCCACGUGGAUGCUAUCCCCUUGUACCUGCAUUCGGUAGCUCCUCGCAACGAUAGUGGCGGCACCAACGACUCAGAGCAGUACCUCAGACAGACUGAGCUCCAGUCCCUGCGACAGCUGAGGACUGUGGAGCACCACUACACCCUGGACCAGAGGAACCACUCAUGCAGCAGUGAUGACUCCAACGGGCCUAAAGGCUCAGGCCAUCCCAGGCACGGCGGAGCACAGCCACGGCCUUCCCUUAUGGCCAGCCAUAUGGAGAUACCAGCAGCCCUGUGGAAACAGCUACGCAAACAGAGCCGGGUCAGCGCUCUGCAGGAUUACAGUGACAUGAGUGAUUCACCUGACAGUGGUCACUAUCCCACGGGGAGGAAGGCUAGCUUCAUGUCCCGAGGACUCUCUCAGACCAACCUGGACAGUCCUUCUGAUAGCCCGAACUCCGGGAGUGGGACGGACACAGAGGCCAAGCGUAUCGCCCAAGGAGAGAGCCCACCUAUGACCCCGCCUCCAGCCAGUGGACGAAGAAUGUCAAUGAGCAUGAUUCUGGAACUGUCUUCAAUCAUGAAAAAGUGAGAACUGGCUGAGGGACCAGAAGGAUCUGGGGACACUGAUUAUGAAGCAACAUUCGCCUUCUAAUUGUAUUCAUAAUAACAUAUGUAUUGUGGAUGAGCAGUAAACGCAUUAGUAUAGUUACACUGAACAAAAAUAUAAAUGCAUCAUGCAACAAUUUCUAAGAUUUUACUGAGUUACAGUUCACAUAAGGACAUCAGUCAAUUGAUAGAAAUCCAUUAGGCCCCAAUCUAUGGAUUUCACAUGACUGGGAGUACAGAUAUGCAUCUGUUGGUCACAGAUACUGUACCUUAAAAAAAAAAGUAGGGGCGUGGAUCAGAAAACCAAUCAGUAUCUGUGG